AGCUCUAUGUUUUUUCCAGAUCAUUGGUGCAGGUCAAUCACAACAAUAACAUGACCUUAGAUAUGGAUGGUCAUAGUUUUGCUGAAAUUUCUGAAAUAUACUGCAUAGUAUUUAUUUCGUUUAUAAUCUUGACAUUUUGUAUAGUACUGGGCAUUUUCAAAAGGCAAGGACUGACGCCAGUAAUCAGGCUCUCCAGUCAAUCUAGCAUCAUGGAUUAUGAAAUGCCUGGCACAGUGAUGGUUGGUGUUAGUAAUCCAUACGUACUUAGAAUAUUACAACCUGAAAAGGCUACUUUGAAAGAUGGCGUACAGUUGAAACUAGAGUCUUCAAUUUCUUGCAAGAUAACCAGCUUCUGGGGCUUGGAUUGUGAGGUUUUAAAAAAUAUUCUUUGCAUCCGGAAAAAGCGACUAAUUGAUGCCGAUUGUAUGGACAUCCUUACAGAUAAAGCAAUUGCCGUUAACCCACCUGACUAUCUUGAACCAGAUGAAACAAAAGUACUGCAUUUGAUGACGUGUGCGCUACAGAAUGAUGGUGAUCAAUUAGGACCACCGCCAAGACGUCGAUACCCACUUGUAAUCAUAGUAACUGCUACUGAAAAUCAGCUAGAGGCUGAACAAUCAGCAGCCAUUGAAUCUUUGGUUGGGAUAAUUCACCUUCCAGACGCAGCAUACAGUGUUCCUUGUCACAUGAUCUCUCAGUUACUACAAACAAACACGAAGCAUGUUUACGACUUACAGAGAAUGUACAUAGCUGCAGAUUCAAAUGCUGGAUCAAAUCAAAUAGGCAAUGAAACCGAGAAGAAAGAAGAAACAUUGGGCGACUGCACUGUGUGCCAGACUGCCAGAAUAACCCGUGUCAUACUACCUUGUAAACACGCUUGUUGCUGCGACUCCUGCUUCCCUCUACUGAACAUGUGCCCGAUCUGCCGUGGCUACAUCUGUUCUUACUUCCGUUUAGGGAAAGAACCAGGGAAAGAGGAUGAUGAAGUAAUUGAUGACAAUAGUUUACUUGGAAGGUUUUACAAAUUUAAUGAUUGGUUAAAUACUUCUCUUGGUUUCACUUAAUAUUUCUUUUAGAAUUUAUCAGUUAGUUUUGUUUAAAGAAAUGAUCUUUUAUUUGUGGCUUUGUAGACAGGCUUCCUGGAAAUACAUUGUCUUUUAAGAUAGUUUUAAAAACAAUCUGAAAAAGAAUUUUGAAGUGCUGGUAGGCAAUGUUUGAAGAACAUUAGGUAUUGUGGAAAUGAAACUCUAUAGUAAAUACACUGCACGUAUGGUGUUGGCGUGUUACGCUUGUUUUACAUGGUUGGUGACAGAUGUUACCUGUGUAUACAAUUAGAAAAAUUUAAAUAAUUUUUGUGCAAUUUGGCCGUGCUGUGCAAUAUUCUAAACGAUAAUGAAUAGCAGCAAAUGGUUCACAGACAAUUGCGCAGCUCACCAAACAAUUACGCCGAUAAUUGUGGGUAAAUGUCUAUUUGAUAAUUCAGAUGGCCAGAUGGCAGAAAUGAAGCUUGCUUUCACAUAAAUAAUCAUGUUUUUGUGAUCCCAGUUAAAGGGUUGCACAAGAAACAUGGUUUUUAACAUUUAAAAUCAUAUUUUAAUGAUUAAAAGAAAUGUAAUGUUACUGUACCAUGAAUACUAAUUUAUUAUAUUAUAUUGUAAAUUUAUAAAUAUCUGGCUGUAUAGAAAAACCAUUUUAAUAUUAGGAAUCACUGGUACUGUACUUCACAGUAAGGAUGUAAAGGUCAAAGGGUAAUUAAGUAAAAAUAUAUUGCCUGUGUAGAGUUAAUAUAUUUUACAAUAAAAUUCAUUAUUUGAA